AUGGAUAGGUUUGUUAUACAUUGGGGUGUUCCUCAAAGCAUUCCGCAUUACUAUCAAGAAACUGGAAGAGCAGGACAUGAUAGGUGCAUGUCCUACUGUAAAAUUUAUUGCAGUCUUGCGGAAAUGCAUAGCAGUUCUGAAACAUUUUUACAUGGUGGGAACAAAAAUCAGCUGAGUCAGGCAGCACUACUAGCUGAAAUAAAACAAAGUCUUACUCACACAAGGUGCAGACACGUUGUUUUAUCAAAACAUUUUGGACAAAUCGUACCCAAUUGUAUGACAAAAUGCGACUUUUGUAAGUCAUCUAUUCAAAUGAGUCCAUCUGUUUCAAAUUUUAAUUGGUAA